GUGCCAGAUGACUAUAAACGUACUUAGACUGCGGAGAAUUCUGUUAUACGAUCACUGCUGCCAAAACGAUACGCCAUAUUUAUUGUAACAAUCGAAAACUUUAAUACAUUCCAUUCAUCCGCAUGUGACGGUCCUUUCCACGAAUAAUGACGAUUUAUAUCGAACUCCUAGUUUGUGCGUAUAUAGUGGAUAUAGCGAGCAGCGGCGCUGUAUUCCGUGGGCAAGAUGCUGAUGAUGACAACGAGGUGUCUAGUUACGAUUUUCCCUACGUGACCCGUUCCAUGUGGCACGCUAGACCUCCAAAAGAAAAGAUACCCUUGCAAUCACCAGUACCAUAUGUAGUCAUACAUCACUCCUAUUCGCCACCGGCCUGCUAUGACGGUGUAACCUGCCGUCAAGCUAUGAGGUCCAUGCAGAACUUCCACAUGGACUCUAGAGGCUGGUGGGACAUAGGUUACAAUUUCGCCGUCGGCAGCGAUGGAGCAGCGUACGAAGGCAGAGGAUGGACAGUGCUAGGAGCGCACGCUCUCCACUUCAAUAACAUUAGCAUUGGAAUAUGUCUGAUUGGGGAUUGGAGAUUCUUAGUGCCGCCUUCAAAUCAACUGAAGUCAGCCAAAGCUCUAAUAAAUGCCGGAGUAGAAUUGGGAUACAUCAAAAGCGACUAUAAGCUUGUUGGUCAUAGACAAGUCCGGGAGACUGAAUGCCCUGGUGACGCCCUGUUCCACGAGAUACAAACUUGGGACCAUUGGUCAUCCUUCCCCGCCUCUUAUAAGGAUUUAGAUAAAAUUGACUUGACUGGAUCUCAGAAUAAAAGUUAAAUUAUUUAUUAAAGGGACUUUUUGUUACAAUUUUUUUAAAAGCUCUUAUUGUUAUUUCAUUUUAGUAAAAAAAAACUCUAGAGGUAGUGAUUGUAAGAGAAAAAUAUAUAUAAUAUUCUGUUGACUUUUUA